AUGUCGUUUGACUUUCUGCCUGCAGAGCUGAAAAUACAGGUCCAGGACGUGGUAAACGCGUAUCCGCCGGCAGAGGAGAUCUUCCGAGCGAUCAUCGACCAUAUGGGCGGGACCAAGCGCCGCAAGCUGGACUUCGACGCGGACGUCCUGCCUUCAAGUCUGGCUGGCUCGCACAUCGUGUUGCAGAUCCCCGAGCUGUCUGUGCAGUCGCCAAUCCGCAAGAAACUCAACAUUGUGUUUGGCUGUUUUGCUGGCGAGCGCAAGGUAUUUCUGGCGCUCACCAAAAGCCUCGAGUCGAAGCCCGAGUUGCUGAUCACAGACCUGUCGGAAAAUAAUAUCCAGUUUGCUGUUGUUUUGGACGUGCCCGAGAAAAAACAGUACAAAACACUACUCAUCACCUACGGCGCCAACAAGGGCCAGAUGUAUAAGAACGACCCGAUUCUGAUCCAGUUCAACAACGACGAAUUGAGCGAGCAGUUCGGCCCGCUCCUAGACAAGAUCGACCUUACAGACUUUCUACAGCAGCAGUUCAGAACAUUCGGGUUCGAUCUUGUGAAAGGGUUCGGCCCGCAAUGUUUCUUUGUGGACGCGUACAAAGGGUCUAAAGAGGGCUAUCUGUAUUUUCUGCCCAACCAUGUGAUAUUCGGCUUCAAGAAACCAAUCCUCAUAUUCGAUUCCACCAACAUCGAGUCCAUCACAUACACCUCCAUCACGCGGCUGACGUUCAACGUGACGCUGACGUUGCUGCCGAAUUCCGAGCGCCACGAGUUCUCCAUGAUCGACCAGAAAGAGUUCGAGAAGAUCGACCAGUACGUCAAGAGCAAAGAGCUCAGAGACAGGUCGAUGACCGACGAACUCAAGGCCCAGAGGCAGCUCAAGAACAACACCGACAACCCUGGCGCGCUCGCAGAGGCCGCCAAGCUUGUGCCGGGAGGCAACCAGAUAGUCGGCAAGGACGACGACGAAGAGGAGGACGAGAACUAUCAGAGUGACGAGAGCAGCAGUGACGACGACUCGAGCGGCGACGAGGAGCAGGAGGAGGCGGCUGAGGUGGACGAUCUGCAGGCAGAGCUGAACAAUUUGCAAGAGGAUUAUGAGGACCUGGGCUAUAUUGAUUUGGGGAAUGAGGAUGAACCAGAGCAAUAA